UAUUAAAAAAAGCAAUAAUAUUUGACUGACAAGUGCAUUCAAGAUUUUAUUGUCCUAUAAUUAUAACCUAUUUUUAAUGAUUUGGUGCUAUUUUAUUGAAAAAUACAAUCGAUUACUGAGAAGUUUUAGUUCACUUUUAAGAUGAGCUUUCUAUUUGGAAGCCGCUCCAAUAAGACUUUCAAGCCCAAAAAGAAUAUACCGGAGGGCACCCACCAAUAUGACCUGAUGCGGCACGCGGCCGCCACGCUGGGCUCCGGCAACCUGCGGCUGGCCGUCAUGCUGCCCGAGGGUGAGGACCUCAAUGAGUGGGUCGCCGUCAACACGGUAGACUUCUUCAAUCAGAUCAACAUGUUGUAUGGCACGAUCACGGAGUUUUGCACGGAGCAGUCGUGCGGCGUGAUGUCUGCGGGGCCCAAGUACGAGUACCACUGGGCGGACGGCCACACCGUCAAAAAGCCCAUCAAGUGCUCCGCACCCAAGUACAUUGACUACCUCAUGACAUGGGCGCAGGACCAGCUCGACGACGAGACACUGUUCCCGUCCAAAAUAGGUGUGCCGUUUCCAAAGAAUUUCCUGUCGAUGGCGAAGACGAUCCUGAAGCGGCUGUUCCGCGUGUACGCACACAUCUACCACCAGCACUUCCCCGAGGUGGUGCAGCUCGGCGAGGAGGCGCACCUUAACACCUCCUUCAAACACUUCAUCUUCUUCGUACAGGAGUUCAACCUGAUCGAGCGGCGCGAGCUGGCGCCGCUGCAGGAGCUCAUCGAGAAGCUGACGGCCAAGGACGCGCGAUGAGGCGUUGACGUCAGCGCCGCGCCCGCCUCCCCGACCCGACCUCCCCGGCUGCCACACGCGACACACACGACACGAAUUACCAAAUUUUACAAGAUUUUUAUAGCAUAGAUUAAGAUUAUUUAAUAACGAUCACGAGUCGUGUGCAUUUGAUUACGUUUUUCAAGUACGACUCCGCGUGUGGUGCGGCUGUGCGUGGAGCGACCAACGUCCAGCAGGACGCUCGCGGGGCGGCGCCGCCUCCGCUACUGCCUUCCUGAUGAUAGUAACGUAUAUAGAUGCGAUUUAUCGUUCGAACAUUUGAUACAAAUUUAGACGCAUUUGUCUAAAAAUAUAAUGACUAUGGUACGAUUGGUAUGAAGAAUAAUAUUUUUUUACCAAUAUGUAAUGUUUAGUUAAUAUACUUGUAAGUAACUGCGAUAACACGGCGUAUAAAGAAACCUGCGAGCGAGUGCGCCGCGCCCGCCCUCGUGGCUCACUGCAGGUACACUCUGAAGUUGAUGUGCUAUUUAAUUAUAAGGUCCUUAUUUAUUUAUUGUGAAUUUUGAACAUAGCGUAUGCAUCGGCACUAAUAGAUGAAACGUUUUUGGUUACUCUGGUAGGUAGCAAGUGUAAUAUUAUCUCGUAGUUGUAGUAAUUGCUUAGGUAUUGUAGAUUACACUCGCGGCAACAGUUCUGUGUCCAGCUUUGCCACAGAGUAGCGUCGGUCCGUUAGCCGACACGAGCGUGUAACCAGCACUCGCCACGCACGCCUCGGGACGUGCCCACGAGGUUUAUGUACAUACAUACAUGUAUGUACUGCGAGUGCGUAUCUCGAGCUAGUGCCUCAAAAUGAUAAACAGUCGCUUGCUUACAAAACCCAUAUUUUUCCAGCGAAUAUAUUUCCAACGGAUCUCAAAGUUGGACUAUUCCGAAACUUUGCUUCGGUGUACUUUACGCGUUUAUUUUACGAUAACUGUUUGAUAUAGGUAUGUAUUUGAUUUAUAUACGACUGACAUGAUAUUUUGUUAAUUUAAAACUUAGGUAAUGUACACAAAUAAUAUAUUUAAAAUUGA